UACUCCCUCAGUCAUCUUUGAAACACAAACAUGGUCAGACAGUGAGUGGUGUGCGCGUAAAAUCACGUUUACGAUUUAUAGUACAUAUUUACAUCGUGCACUCGUUGUCAAGAUCAUGGAAAUCCACAAAAAUCCAGUCAUGCAAAAUCCGGUCAUGCAAAUGACGCAGGAGGAGCGAUUGAGCCUCAUGAUAAGAUACGGUAUUACUGAUGAAAAAAAGACUGAACAUGAUAUUAAAGAAAUAAGGGAAUGGCUAACAACACAAAAUCAUCUUCUUGAGGCAUCCAAGCAUAUGAAUGAUGUUAUAAUAAAGCGAAUGUAUGCCAUGGCAAAAGGGUCGAUAGAAGACACUAAAACGAACAUCGAUAGAUAUUGCUCAGCCCGGGGACUGUUGCCAGAGUUGACCUUGAACAAGAGGAUUGAAGACUUUGAACAUUUUUGCCAGAAGGUGCAAUACAUAACCCUUCCCAAGCUUCAUGCUAAAGAUUUGAGUAGAAUAACAGUAAUCAGAUAUCUGACACCAGACCUGAGUGAUGUUUCAUUUCUAGUGUACAUGCGGUAUACAAAUUUGGUAGAAGACUAUAAACAAAACUUCGAAUGCAACUUGGGAUUGACAGUUAUCGUUGAUUAUAAAAACUUGCCACUGAGUUUUCUGCUCAAAAUAUCUCCGAUGUUGCUGAAACGGGCAGAAAAUAUGUUUACGAAAGCGUACGGUUACGAUGUCAAAGCCAUACACAUGGUUAAUGUGCCCAAUUUCAUAGACAAAGUUCUCUCGCUAGUUAGGUGCAGUCUCAGCAAAGAGAUGGCUUCCGUCAUACACAUUCACCAUUCUUACGAAGAACUACAAAUGCACUUCGCUAAAGAUGUGCUGCCUCGGGAAUUUGGGGGAGAAGGUCCCUCCUGUGAUGAUAUAGCAGAGAAUUGGAAACAAGCCCUGCAGUCGAAAGAUGGACGAGAAAUUAUUGCUAAUUCAGAGAAAUUGAUUACCGAUGAAACGAAACGACCUCCGAGAAACUUCACUCGACGGUUCUUCGGGUACCUCGGCUCCUUACGGCCCUUCAGCACUGAUUAAUGCGUGAUCCGAA